AGGGUUGUGAAAUUCCUGGCGGAGGCCAGACUUUAAGAUUAGUGCGUCAUAUGAGUUGGCUUCGACAACUGUUCAGUUUUUUGCAGUUUCACAUUUCUUGGUAUCAUGUUGUACUAAGUGGAUAAACUGGAAAUAUAUAAACAUUUGGGUACGUUAUUAAAUAGAUUCUUGGUAUGAAACGCGACCUAUCAGGACCUCGCGCAUAUAUUCCUAAAUUGUAAUUUCCCCAGGAGUAUACUAUAAAAAGUGCCUGUUAACUAACUCGGAAAGUGCUCGGGCAUAUGUGUAUCGAUUUUCGACUACUAACUUAGGCAUUGUCCAAACAUCAUUUAUCAUUUUUAUAUUAAAGCAAUAUAAUAUCCAGGACAAAAUGGGAGAUCAUUUAUUUCAAGAACUCAAUUUUAAUCGUCCAAGCUACACCUAGAAAAACAACCUAAAACUAUUUGCAAUCAUCGAUAGAAACUGCCUUUGGCCACGGUACAUAGGUACGUAUACACUGGUUGAAAUCUCGCUCGAACAUGGUCGACAUUAAAAAAUUAAGCGUAAUUAAAAUUUGGUCAUAGUACCCCAAGGCCCCAUAAAUCUAAAGUUGAAACAGUCAAAUAGCAAAAAGACUUGAGGAACCUAAAAACAGUUCAUCGUUUAAGUUUAUUUGGUUAACUAAUCCCGAUAAACGCGUCCGUCUUGUCAGCUCUGCCUAAUCUCUGCGUCGAUAUUCUGGAACAAUCAGAGAUACUUUUGCGUUAUUUUCGUAAACUUUUGAGCCCUUUUCAUUUAAACUUUGUUGUAAACCUUAUGCCCCAAGUGGUGGAAAUUUUUCUUGAAUUUUUCGGAAGCAGCAAUGAAGAUCAUUAAUUUGAAACAACCAAGCAGUUUUAUUAUUUGUUGCUUAAGUUCAACGACAUCGUACAGUAUUACAAAGAUGAGCUUCUUGUUCUCACCAUGAUGGGUUUGUUCAACUUAGAUAGCUCUUAUCCAUUAUGCAAGCACACACAUAUAUACGGAGUGUUCGGCAUAAAUCGGAGCUAUUUUAGCAGGCUGUUUUCAUAACCGGCACACGUUCAACAGCUGCGAUUACUGCUAAUGGAUAAGAGCUAUCUAUGUGUGUGCUUGCAAUAACUAAACAACGCCAUGUUGAGAAUUAAACGAAUCACUCAGAUAACCCAUACAUCGACAAGCCGUGCAGGCAGUCGAGUUAUAUAUAUAUAUAUAUAUAAUGUGAAAAAAUCUACUUGCCUAUAAGACCUUCUUAUAGGCAGGUAGAUUAUUUUUCAGAGGGUAAGACCUUGCCAGUCUUUUCAAAGUAAUCCAUUUCUUCCUUGUUUUACAUCGUUACUGGGCGUCUGUAGCUUAAAUGUUUUUUUCAGAACACACAUCAACCACUUAUCGUAGUUUGGUUUGUUACAUGUUCACAGGAAAUAUUCAGGUUUAAAAAAAGAAUUGUUGGAAAAUUCGCUUAUGUAAUGAUCUCCAUUAAUAACUUGGUUAAUAAAAGUAAUAAUAACAUUCAAGCUGAAAGGCAAAAAGACCCGCCGAGUUAUUUUGUUAUUGCACCACCCUCUCCCAAACGGGCAAAAUCAUCAUCACCAAAGUCACCAACAGCACCAGUGUUGGUUGUUCGUUAUUGCUGCUACUGCUGUUGGUGUCGUUUUGUGUCGCGCCACAGCAUAGUUCUGUCGCUCCUUCCGAUACUGGUGCUGAUGGCAACAUUGCUGUUAGUAACGGCCAUUCAAGGCUGAUGUUGAUAAUACUACCGAUGUAACCACAGCCAUUAUAGCACAGCGUUCUGCGCCUGUGUUAUCACCCCUAGCAGCAUCACAAAUUGUGAGUAACAAGCAAGUGCAUUCUGCAGCUACGACAACGAUUAUUACUAGCUAUAGAUAUCUCUAUACGUGUUUAUAUACUGCUGCUACUGCUAGUGCUACCUCCAUGCUGUCGUCCUCCGACCGGUUUCUGGGUGUAUUUACUUGCCAUUGCUGUGAGCGCUGCAGCAGCAGUAGUAGCAGACGAUAAUGGUGCUCGUUUGAAAGCUGACCUAAGUGCCAUCUAGCUUGAACACUAUCGGUUUCCACGCCGCAUCUAGUCGUCACGUACGAACAUAAACAAGAACUUAACGAAGUCACCCACAGCCGAUCACUCAGGUGAGAAGGUGAGUGCUGCUGCUGCUGUUACCGUACCUGCUACGACGUGUACUAAUGCUACCUCUGCAAUUCGUUGUGGAUGUGUGAUUGGCUGUAGACCGAUUGUGUUCAGUGGCCGCUGUGUCGCUGCAUGUAUAUGCUGUGCUGCCGUGCUCGGCGUAACGAUGCUGCUGCUGCUGCUGCCACCGACCGUGGCUAUGGCGGCUCUUCUGUGAGAAGAAUUGCUGCUGUUGCUGCGUGCUGAAUGCUGCUGCUGCUGCUAUUGUUGCUGCUGUCGUCUUAUGCGGCUGGUCGACUGGCUAGGCUGCUGCUGCUGCUACUGCCAUCGCUGUAGUAGUGGUGGAGUUGUGCUGUGUUGUAUGCGAGCAAGGAGUGUUGUUAGUGGUGCAGUAGCGGAGUGCCUGAGCGAAGCUUCAGCGAAGAGUGUACACCGUCAGUGCGAACAGCGGCCCGUCAACCCGCUCGGCUACCUCACUAACGGCCGGGAGGGAACACGGAUUUGACGCCGGUACCUUACUUAACUGCUGGACUGGUUGGUUGGUCUGGCCUACGGCGGCGGUAACUGGCUAGUUAUCCUUCCGUCCCGUAUACAACAGCCCCUCCUCCACCCCCUCUGUGUUAUGUUCUUGUCCUCUAUAUAUUUAUAUUUAUAUAUAGAUAACAUACUCACACAUAUAUACACAUAUACAUAUGUGCUGUAGAAUAUUGGCCAGUAGCAGUGAAAUAAGGGGCAGUGGCAGGAGUAGCAACAACAACAACAACAGCAGCAGCAACAACAACAACAAGAACAACGACAGUAGCAAUUGACGAGCCUCGCAAAAGGACAACCAUACUGUUACUGCUAAAUAUUUGGAGUAGCUCUACUGGUUGUCUUCUGGUAGGCACGGGCUUAAGGUAACUUUAGGCCCUGUUUGUUUAAGCGGUAUGGCAGACGCGGAGGGUGUCAGCACGGAGAGAGCAUCAGCAGCAGCCGCUGCUGCUAAAAAAGAUACCGACGACAAGGAUGCCUCUGGCAAAAAAACAGCUAAGAAAAGUGAAGGAGGUGGGGGCGAUGAAGAUGUUGAAGAUCCUGACGGAGGGGUCGCAGUGACAGUUCUUGAUAUUCCUGAAAACAACAAAGGGGAUAGGACUCAGUCAAAGGAAAAAAAAAGUGCUGAAGCAAACAAGGAUGCGGAAGAAUCUAUGGAACCCGAUGAAGCUGGGGAAACUGAAACCAAAAAGGAUUCCUUUGCUGCCUCGGGUAGUAAAGCGAACACGAAGCCUAACAGUGAGCCGGAAGCAGGAGGAACAAACGACACAUCGAAGGACAAACCUAGCGUUAAGGAGGAUUCUGCAUCGUCAGAAACAAAGGUUACAGACGAGUCCCUUAGUGAUAAGAAAGCAACUACGACAGCAGUAUUUGAUAGCAAAACUGAGAAAACAGCUGUUGUUGUUGCUCUUACGUCUAAAGAAGGCGGACUAGAAGACAAGCUACCUGCAAUCGCUGGUCCAAAGGUCGACGAAUCAAAAAAGACCCCCGAACCUCCACCCGACGAUGAGGACACAAUUGACAACGGACAAGAGGAAAAGGAAGAGCAUAAGGAUCUGAGUGGGACAAAAAAGCUCGCGGGAGAGCCAAUGGAGAUUGAUAGUGAAGCGGCCCUAGCAACGACAACCAAUUUCGAAGAGCCUCAGUCUGCCAUUAACCAUGAGAACGAGGUCGAAGAGGAAGUUAACAAACAAAGGCAAGUUUCCACUGCCGCUACAGCUUCUAGUGAACGAAAUGAAGUUGAUAGUAACAAGACGAGGAUGAAGAUGGCAGAUGACAGAGAAGAUAAAGCCACUGUAAAAGAAGAGCAAGCAAGUAAGACAGUCGACGUUAAAACUGAAGACGAAAAUAAGGAAGCCGUGGUCAUUAAGGAUGAAAUGACGACGAAGAGAGAGGAGUCCAAGGCCGCAGCUAAGGACAACGAAGCCAAGCAGAGCACAGACUCUCCAUCUGGGUCUCCGCGCAGUAGCCGACGAAGCUCGGGUGCAACGCCUUCGAAGGCGGCGACACCGCCAUCUGACUCGGGCACAGGCUCUAGUGAACACCGAAAGAUGCGCGGCAGACUUCAGAAGGAGCUGCGCAAGUUAGGCGUCGACGUGGACUUGAAGGACGAAGACACUGGCGAAGAGGACGAUAAGUCGGCGGUCCGCUCAUCGCGAAGGAGCGCAGCCAGACUAGCUGCCCGAAAAAUCACUAACACCGUUGUCAAGUCCAAUCUGAGCGUUGAAACGCUCGCCGCGAUGGCAGCCAGCGAUGGGGAGGAUUACUCGGGCGACGGAAUUUCAAGUAAAAUUGCCCAGAGGAAAGCAUCACCCACCAAGAGACCCAGGUUGACGUACUGUACGACGCCAAAAGCUCUCAUUGACAAUGACUUAAUGAUGGAGUGCGCUGAGGAAGCCCUAACGCCCUGUCAAAUCGAUGCCUUCCGAACGGCAGUCCAUAGUUACAAUAGCAUUACAAAUCAAAUUCAUCAGUUGAGUAAACGAAAACUCCAAUUGGCCUUCGAUAACCGGCCACUGACAACCGCCGAAUAUGAAUCAAUCAUGAAUCGCAAAAACAACACUAACAUCACUGCUAACAAUACAAACAGUGCGGGAGCAAGUCGCCUAAGUGCUGCUCAACAUGACGGAAGUGGGGGCGUUGUAAGGCGACAAGACGAUGAGCACUAUCGUCUCGAAACUGUGACGUCGAAAGUUUGCCGGGGUGCCUGGAACUACGUAACCGUGCUACCUCUAGGUUCGGAACAGUUGCGUCCGAGCAUUGUGAUGACGCAGUCGGCGCCGUUUAGCGAACUCGAAGAUGAGGGCGAGGCUGAGAUGACUCAACUGGAGGAGGAGUUCGCUAUCCAUCAGUUGGAUACUGAUCCCGUACCCUUCAUGGUAAAGCAUCGAUUCCUAACUCCGCGCGGUGGAGCCCGAAGCCGUCAUUACGCUUGCGAGUGUAAUGCCGACGCCGAGGCAACAAAGGCCGAUGGAGCUCUUGAUGGUUAUGUAUGGCGGUGCAAGAAAUGCGAACAUACGUGGAACGUACUCCGGCCCGAGCAGACGCUGCUGAGCUGGUACGCAAAAGUGCCGCUUUAUACUUUUCUCAACGUGAUCAAAUCGUGGGUGCUGGCUCACUCAUGCGAAGAAGCGGCUCAGUUGACGGGCGUGGACACAUUUAUUGUGCGCAGUAUAUGGCGCAGUAUCCAGGAGCUUUGUCAUAAGGAUGUUGUGAAACGAGUCUUGCCACUCGGCACUGGUGGCGAAAUCGUUGAGGUGUCAGCCGCCCAUAUGGAUCCUUUUGUGGUGCUAGCUGCUAUAGACAGGAAGACCAAUACGUUUAGAGCAAAGGUUUUUCCUGCAGUGACAACAUCUGAAGUGGACCUUGCUCGAGCCGCUUGUGCUUGGAUAGCUCGUGAUGGUCUGAUAACCACGCGUUCUCCUGUAAUGCGCUCGGCCCUGAUAGCCGAACAGGCAUCAUUGAGAGCUCCACCAGUACUGACAGAGACACCAACUUUAGACAACCUUUUACUCAUUCACUUAUCGGACCACUUCGGUAACUUCCGAUUAGAAAGUGCCCACAAACCCAUUCUUGAAGGUUUCCUCUACGAGAUCGAGUGGCGCCGGGCAUUUGGUCGUUUCGGACCUCGGGAGUGUUUCUGGAGAAUGAUUGCCCAACUAUUGCCUACCUCGCGUCAAGGAGUUUCGUUUCUCUUGCAAGUAGCAUCUCAAUUUGUAACUCCGGGAGGCCAAAUCCCUUUGGGAGUUCGACUUCCAUUGUCAGAGCGGCGCGAUUCAGACGACGACGUUACCGUCGUUGGCGAAGAGGAGGAAGAAACAGUUAUUCUGGAAAACUACUACUACGCACGGCGUGAUGGAGAGCGCCACGUUCCCAAGCACAAGAAGUACAUAGCCGAUGGCGAAAUGUUUUUUCGCUGUCCCGUCUGUAAGAAGGUCGCCAAGAACAACAUUUCGAUCAUGAAACACAUCAGUAUGCAUCUCGAAAGUAAUCGGGAAUUCAAUCCGGACAUUGGGCAUUUAUCUAUCUGUCGUUACUGUUUCCGGGACUUAGAGACCCCGUACCACUGUCAAAUUCACGUACAGCAGGUUCACCUAGUGUCUCUUGAGGCAGAACGGCUUUGCUGCAAGAUUUGUUCGCUAGCAUUUUCUGAUGAGGCACAGUUAGUGUAUCAUAUGAAAAGUACACACUGUGCUAGAGAUAUGCCAUUUGUCUGUAAGAUCUGUCACUUCCGCUCGUCGUUCAAACAUCACGUCAUCGAUCACUUUCGGGAGCGACAUUCGGGGUGCAAUGCUUUACAGUGUCCCUUCUGUCUCGAUCUCUACUAUUGCCAAGCAAGACAAGUGGUCACUGGAGUUCAAGGAACAACCAAAUUCUAUUCACAUCUCUUCAAACACAUGAACAACACACCAAGGACCUGCAGUCAGUGCUCAUUGCCGUUCAUAAAGCAGAAAGAUUUGCGCGCACACCGUGAGGAGUGCCACGGAAAGGGUCUCGCGGGUAAGGGCAAAGUUAACGGAUGCGGAUGGAGCAGCGAGAAACCAGUUCUUGUCCAUCAGCCACGGAAAAAGCCACACUUACCUCCUGCUAAGGAGGGCGAAUCUAUUGAAAUUGCCGAUGAUGAAAAACCGGACGCGCCGGUUAACUGGUUGGUUCCAUCGUUACGACUACCGGAGGAUGUCGAGGAUUUUGACUGUCGGGAAUGCCAGCGACCAAUCACCGAGGAUCAUUUCGUGCGUGUUUUACGGUGCACCGAGUGCCACUUUUUCACAUGUUGUCAGAGUAGCUUCACGGGCCAUAUGCUCAAAAUGCACGCGCAACGAGGUCGGCCCGUGCCCAAAUUUAUCGUUUCCACGCCCCUACUUGACAACAAACAUGCGCCUGAAAAGUUCAUUGGAAGGUGCAAGAAAUGCGAUGAGAAAUUCGAGGAUGGAAAUUCUUUAGUCAAGCAUUUGGUGCUCGAAUGCGGCGUUGAGGAGGGCGCAUCAAUUGAGCUCGGAAAGCGUAAAGCAGCCGUGAAGCAGAUUCAACAGGUGCAAGCGACCAGCGGAGCUACGAGUGCCAAGCGUAAGCGAGGGGCUGACUUUGAGCCUGAACCAGCGCAACCUUCUGGCAGCGGGUUUACCAGCAACGCCGGAAGCGGCAAGAAGUUUGAGGAUGUUGUUGGAGAGCCUUUUACGGAAGUGUUUAACACUUCAUCCUCGAAUUCGGUUGGAAGUACGCCCGUUAAAACAAGUGUACCGAAACAGGCCAAGGGGAAUAAAGCGAAUGUAAAUCCAGAGCUGGAACGAUUUCUAUCACAGUUGGGUUUGCGUAGUUCUGAGAGCUGUUCGGAUUUUAAAGUCAGCUUAACGGGACCUAAAUGUGUCAAGCAGCAGUGGAUUAAUAUGGGCCUGGUACAACAAGAAAUUGAGUCUUCAAGCGAGUCUGAGGAUGAGAAUGAAGACCCCACCAAGAAAGAGAAACGCGAAAAGGCCAGAAAGGAACGGGCGCAUGGAUUGCUUCCGCCGAAGGCUAAACCGGCGCCAUCAGGAGGUUUGGCGAAGGAUGCCAAGAACGGAAAAGACUCCGUUGAUGAUCUCGGAGCAGCUGACAGCCCGCCUAGUUCGUCAAGCUCAAGCGACACCUCUGUCACCGAUGUUGAUCUCGAUUAGAAUAUGCGCGAAACAGAAUACAGGGCGAGCUUGGACUGUGAAUAACAAAGAGGCAUCUGUUGAAGUAGCUUCGACCUUCAUCGUCAAGCAAUGAGUUUGAGCUUGAGCGCCCAUAAGAGCGCGUAUGUGGGCUCGCUUCAAUCCCUACAACAGAAGCAACGGCAAUGACCAUUAUUAUCAAACCGGUCGUCGAAUUUAGUAAAUUAAUCUAUUUAGAUAGAAAAUAGAAGGGACGUCUAGAGAUACGGAGUAAGCAGGAAAGGCAUCAAGCAUCUUUGGCAUCUUGCCGUAAUGACAAAACUUUUAAGGCCGUACGGUGGCCAAAUGGCUACUAAGGAAAAAUAUGUCUUUUAAAAAAAUUGGGAUGUGUUUUGUUUUAUUAGUAGCAGCAAACAGCAGCCAUCUCGUCGAACCCUGCUAUGUCCAGUUAAGUCAAAAAGGCGAUUUCUGGGAUCGUGCCACAGUAUAGUCACAGAAUUGGAAGAAUGAGAAUGAGUUACAAAAAUAAGGAUUUAUGCAUAAAGAAGAAUGUAACUGGGUUUUGGGGCAAAGGAAGGAAUAAGCUUGUAGUUGUGUUGUACUUUGAGGCGAUUCAAUGCUAUUACCUGACCAGCGACCAGUGAGACAAGCAGGUCGUCAGUCGAUAUAAAUAGGAAUAUGACGACAUAUGAAUAUAUGUGAAGAAUCGGUAUGAUAUGAAGGUAGUUGACGAUUGAUGACGAAUUUGUUAGGUUGAACGUUAUGGGGAUGAUGCUGAUAACGCUGGGUCUAUGAUCAUUCGUGUGACUGACUAACUGAAUGGUGUGCUUUCGUAUGGUGAAUUAUGUUAGGAGAAAUAUGGAGGAUCGGACAAAGAUUAACAGAGCAAAUGAAUCGUGCUUGAGUCACACAAAUAUACAAGGGGGAACAAAAUAGCCUCGGUCAAGGAUCGAUGCCGAAGGUCGGCGAAGGUAACAGUACGUUUCUAUAUUAAUUGUAUUUAGCUUGUAUCGAAAUAAAAACACAACAAAGCAAAGAUAUAUAACGUUACGCUGACAGCCACCGUGAGUAUGCUGGUUGUCGACAAAGAAAACACUAAAAUGGAAAAUAACGAAGUAGAAUUAGAUGGGCUGGUCCAGACAAUGUAAGCAUCGGAUCUCCUUCGAUUGUUCGAUAGGAAAGUAACGUUUGCUUUUAGGACGAUACUACAACUGACCAACGGUCGGAAAUAAGAGCAAAUAAUAUGCAUUGUGCGACAUAAUGUAGGUUGAUCUGAAACAAAUGUACCCGAAACAUCUCAGUUUUCUUUAGGUUUUUAUCGUCUUCCACACGCACGAUGUUUUUCAGUUAUCAAUGAGCUUCAUUUACUUGUUGUCAUCAGAGCCAAUACGAAUAUCAGAACCAUUAUACGAGACAUUAGUAUGGCCAAAAGUCCAUGGUGGCGACCUCUGUUAUAGAGUCCAAAAAGGGUGUUCAGUCUUUUUUUGUAAGCGCUGUGUUCGUCACUUUCAACAGUAGCCAUAGCUUCAUUAUUUGCCUUUCGCUUUCUCGUGUAUAGUUCCGAAAAAAAAAUUAAGGGGAAAGUUGCAAACCGCAGUCUAUCGCAAUUAUCUGUCAUCGUGGAUUGCAUUGUAUAAAGUCUCAGAAAAGUGAAAAAAAGAGAACGACAGGAUGCAGACGUCGCACACAUAAAUGUAGGUGUGCUUGAAUUUGUUAUGUGUGCAUCACUAUGCGACUAUCAGAAUUGAUAGGAAGAAAGGCCAUUGAUUUUAGAAAAAGGCAACUGACUCAUUGUAACAUAUACAUAUAUAUAUAAAUAUAUACACAGUAUAUAAAAUAUAAAUAUGAAUAGAUAUACACAAUGGAUAUACACAAAUGUAGAUCAAUUGCAGAAAGGUGUCGUAUAGAAAAAUGGAUGAAGAGUGUGAGAGUGCAAGAAAAUAAGACAGGGAAAAUAGACGCCGACACAAGCGACCGGAAAGGGAGUCUUUUUGUACUAUGACAGACUCUAUAUACGCUUUAUAUAGAGGCAUUCACACAAUAGUAAUAAUAACAAUGAUGAUGAUGAUAACAGACAUAUGUAAAAGAUGGUCGACCUACAACAAUUAAUGAAAUAGCUGAAUUUACGACAAUAAACUAUUGCGGUAAACAACGAUGACAACGAUUUAUAAUUUCGUAUCGGAAGCGAGUGGCUGUCCCCCGUCUGAGCAGCCGACAAUGAAGAAUCCUACCAUACAUAAAAACAUUGGCACUAAUCAAGACACCCUCGACCUGAUCCUUACCAAUCGCGGGCACCAUAGAUGCUACCAGUCAGAAAUGCUUUCUUCUGUAUUUUUGAAAAUGGAAACGUCACAUCUUUUAGACAUGAGGUUUUCAAUAAAGAGUCUUGUUUCGCUAAGUCUUAUGACUAAAAGUGAAAAAAACUCUUUCUUGCCGUUGCCGAGAUUGAUCGGUCCUACGUAUGUAUAAACUUGGAUUUGGGAUAGAGACCUGACUCGCUUUAUAUAUAAAAAUUUCAUUAUGUGUAAUGAUAAGUUCCGUAGAACGGAUCACGUUACGCAUUAUUCGAGUUAACCAGGCACUUUCAUUUUACUAUACUUGUGUACCUUAAUAUAGUUGGUAUUCCGGGAGCGAUGAGCUUGCGGGCUGGUUAAGGCACAUGAAGCAGAUGACUUCUACGAAGUUACGAGAGAGACUCUUGCUAAGAAAUUUCGUGUUAUUCAGGAUCAAAAUAUGCUUUAUCUCUUUGUUUGUCUCAAAUCAGGUCUUUGGUAUGCUGACCGCGUUGAAUAUUAAAAACAUGCGUUACCAUUGAUCCUUAAAUUAAAUACUGCAUACAUACGUCCAUAGUUUAGAUGCAAAUAAACGUAGUAUAAUUUCAAAAGGAGACCUAUUCAGAGGAGAACUUUCUAAUAAAAUGUAAGGAACUAGCGUACACUGAGGGCGUUCAAGGGUGAUUUCGGUAUUAACAAAUAGAUAAAUAACGAGAAUGCCUCAAAUUUAAACCGGACCCUACUCCGAAUAGAAACUCAUAACGAAGAAAAGAAGUCGUGUUAAGAAAUUUUCAUUGCGCCAGCGAAUUGCUAAUGAUCUACACCUAAUAUCGUUGAUGUAAAAUAAGUAUAAUAGUCGUAUUAUCAGUAUUUGAUCUAACGACAUAGUUACUACUUACGUAGGAUAAAUACUUGAAUCCCUUACAACCUUUAGCGAUUCUCACAUCCUAAACGGCACCUAACAACAUCACUUGAAUGAUGGCUUAAUCUUAACACCUCGGUUACACAUUUAGUGAUCAGCUACGCCUUUUGAGAUGCGAGAAAAGCCAGCGGUUUCCAUCAGGGUUAUAAUAAUAAAAUCCAGUUUCCAGCAGAAUUCUUCUGUAGAUACGGUACUUUCCACCAAGCACCUCUGAGCUCAGGUCUGUGUGUGCAUGGGCGUAUGUGGGUAUGCGCUGAAACCAGUAAAAGUGUGUAAAAAUCAAGGAAUUGACCGACACAACAACGAUGAAAGCUCGAACCUUUCAUGGAUGCUCACUAACGUCUAUUCUCAAAAGUAGCAAAAGGCGCUAGAGCAUAUGCUGAAUACACAAAAUUGUUGCAAUAGCAAAUGAAAGACCAGGCCAACAUAAGGGUCUUUCUUCCAUUUCUCGAUACAUUUAGCAAGAUGUGCGCUGACACCAAAUGGGGGGUCACAUGAUUACCGUACGACACCUGGCGAAACGGCUUUUCAACAGAAGUCGAGAGCUUAACGCGGAUGCAAAAACGGCGACGAAAAAGAAGUCUAAAAAAAUAUAAACGACAUCGUGUUUCGCUUGAAUAAUAUGUUGUUAUUUCUUAGCCUCGACAGCACAGUCGCUUAUUACCGCUACUACUAUGUAUAUAUAAUGAUGAAAUUGUUAAUAACAUCGUUGAUACAUCCAUCGUAAAGACGGAGGUAAACGGCCAUGGUGUUAUGUUAUAGCCACUGUUCUGUUAUUGCUUUAUAUCUAAAGAUUUAGGAACGACGCUAGAAAGGCGCUCAUCUAUGUUCUAAUAGCCAUUGGUUUCUGUGGCAAUUUCUUCGCUGAUUCGCCACGUGGGAGACUAUUAUAUGACGUCUAAGCAAACACUGUUGAUGUUCUCUAUUCAUAGUUAAUAACCAAUAUGAACUACAUAUAUAAAGAGAGAUAAUUAUAACACUCAA